GCCGGCGGCUCGCGCGGGGAUCUCGCGCUCCUCCAGCUCUCCAUCAGAAGGCGGGGAGCUCGCGCUGAGGGAACUUCACUGACAGACAUCUACAACUCACCUCAGGAGCGCCGAUUUACCUGUUUACAGCCGAUCCGCGGCGUUUCGCGAAGCCUCGAGAGAACAGCUGCUCAGGAGAGGAGAAACGGAGGAUAUUGAUCCCAAACACUUGUGUUUGACGGCCGUUGGUGGCCGCUUCUGUCAAAAGAGUGCGCUGAGGUAAAAACUAACGGAUUCCAUCAACGCUUCAUUCCGCGAAUAAUAAUCUCUCCGCCACAAGUUCCGCCGGUUUUAUCAGAAACAAGAUCUCCAGAGGUGCCUCUGGUUAUUAUCUCACCGGAUUUCUGCCUGGUUUCGGCUGUUUGUAUGAUGGGAAGAAGUAGAAAGACUGCGAGAAGAGAGCGAGGCGGAUCGGGACGCUCAGCGCAGAUGAUAACUGUGCUAGUUUUUACUAUUUUAUCGCUCAUCAACACCGGUUCAGCUCAAGAUGACGACUAUCUGGGAUUGGGUGAACUCCCGGAAACAUUCCCCUCGGAUCCGCCCGAGCCGCUCCCGCACUUCCUGAUGGAGCCAGAGGAGGCGUAUAUCGUCAAGAACAAGCCCGUUAACCUGUACUGCAAAGCCACACCAGCCACGCAGAUCUACUUCAAGUGCAACAGCGAGUGGGUCCAUCAGAAGGAGCACACAGUGGAGGAGCGCGUGGACGAGAGCUCGGUUGUCGCGAACGGUAGCCCACAGCCUUGCAGGCAAACACAUGUACAUGAACAAUCUCUAAAAAACUCCUUCUCAUCUUCUCCCUCUGUAGAUGACGACUAUCUGGGAUUGGGUGAACUCCCGGAAACAUUCCCCUCGGAUCCGCCCGAGCCGCUCCCGCACUUCCUGAUGGAGCCAGAGGAGGCGUAUAUCGUCAAGAACAAGCCCGUUAACCUGUACUGCAAAGCCACACCAGCCACGCAGAUCUACUUCAAGUGCAACAGCGAGUGGGUCCAUCAGAAGGAGCACACAGUGGAGGAGCGCGUGGACGAGAGCUCGGGUCUGGUGGUGCGGGAGGCCAGUAUCGAGAUCACCCGUCAGCAGGUGGAGGAGCUCUUCGGUCUGGAGGAUUUUUGGUGUCAGUGUGUGGCCUGGAGCUCGGCAGGAACCACCAAGAGCCGUAAAGCCCACGUCCGGAUCGCCUAUCUCAGGAAAACAUUUGACCAGGAGCCUCUGGGGAAGGAAGUGUCGCUCGAACAGGAAGUGCUUCUCCAGUGCCGCCCGCCAGAAGGAAUACCUGCUGCUGAGGUGGAGUGGCUGAAGAACGAGGAGAUCAUCGAUCCCGCCGACGACAGGAACUUCUACAUCACCAUCGACCACAACCUGAUCAUCAAACAGGCCCGUCUGUCCGACACCGCCAACUACACCUGCGUCGCCAAGAACAUCGUGGCCAAACGCCGCAGCACGACAGCCACCGUCAUCGUCUACGUGAACGGCGGCUGGUCGACGUGGACGGAGUGGUCGGUGUGCAGCAGUCGCUGUGGGCGGGGCUAUCAGAAGAGGACGCGCAGCUGCACCAAUCCCGCGCCUCUGAACGGAGGAGCCAUCUGUGAGGGUCAAGCCAUCCAGAAACUGGCCUGCAACCCGCUCUGUCCAGUGGACGGUCUGUGGACGCAGUGGAGCAAGUGGUCGACGUGUGGGACAGAGUGCACUCACUGGAGACGGCGCGAGUGCAGCGCUCCGGCCCCCAAAAACGGCGGCAAGGACUGCGAGGGAGCGGUGCUGCAGUCCAAGAACUGUACGGAUGGGCUUUGUAUGCAGAGUUCCUUAUAUCAGAAGUCCUCCGAACCCACAGACAAGAGCAAUGCUCUGCCACAUCCAUCGGCCCCCAGCACAGACGACGUGGCUCUGUACGUGGGCAUCGUCAUCGCCGUCAUCAUGUGUUUGGUCAUUUCCGUCAUCGUGGCACUGUUCGUCUAUCGGAAGAACCAGCGAGACUUUGACUCGGACAUCAUGGAUUCGUCGGCGCUCAACGGAGGAUUCCAGCCGGUCAACAUCAAGACGGCGCGCACAGCGGAUCUGCUGACGGCUCCUCCGAGCGUGAGCUUGUUGGUGCCAGCGGGUGCCAUCCCUCAGGGCCGUGUCUAUGAGAUGUACGUGACGGUUCACAGGAAGGAGAGCAUGAGGCCGCAGGUGGACGACACACAGGAGACGGUCCUGAGUCCGGUGGUCAGCUGCGGUCCUGCUGGAGCUCUCCUGACCCGGCCCGUCAUCAUCACCAUGCACCACUGCGCCGAGGCCGACAGUGAGGACUGGCUCAUUCAGCUCAAGAGCCAAUCACAGCAGGGCCAGUGGGAGGACGUGGUGGUGGUGGGCGAGGAGAACUUCACCACUCCCUGCUAUAUCCAGAUGGACGAGGAAGCGUGUCACAUCCUGACGGAGACACUGGGCACAUACUGUCUGGUGGGUCAGUCGGUCAGCACUGCCGCCGCCAAGAGACUGAAGCUGGCCAUCUUCGGCCCGGUCAGCUGCACCGUCCUGGAGUACAACAUCCGAGUCUACUGCCUGGACGACACGCAGGACGCGCUCAAGGAGGUGCUUCAGAUGGAGAAGCAGAUGGGCGGGAAGACCGCUCAGACACGCGAGUCACGCUGAUAUAAAACAUCACUGCAAGAGACAUGCACAAACACACUUUACUAUCAAAACACUGAAUCAAACUGACUGACACUGAAAACACUGAGAGCAGGAUUAUCACCAUUAACUCGAACCAAUUGCCCCCCGC